CACCCCAAACACACAGUCUCAGCCUGUGAUCUGAUUCUUAUUUACUGCCCAAAGUCAAGGAAAUGAGAGAUCCCAGGUUAUAGACUCCUGGGCUUUCAGACACAGAGACCAGCAGGACUCCAGUCAUUUAUUCGACUCCUCCCUCAGGCACCUCUACCCCCACGCUCCAGGAUUUUACUUUAUUCAGCUCUGCUCAUUGCUGCGUGGCAAACCCAAGAAUCACAGCCUCCAGACUUUGCACAGAGUUGGUCCAAGGAUGUCAGUGAAGUAUGAAGACCUCCAGUCCUUGGAGAGUGAGAAGAAAAGCCAGGGUUCUAGAAAUGGGCUGCCUCCUCCCCCAGCCUUCCUGCAGCAUCUCUGCUCUGGCCCCUGGCCCCUUCUGCUCUCUCUGGGCCUCAUCCUUCUCCUCAUGAUUGGCAUCUGCGUGAUUGGAUCCAAAAAUGCCAAGAUUCAGAGUGAUGUGGAGACCCUGAGAGCAACUUUCAGCAACUUCACUUCCAACACGAUGGCUGAGGUCCAGGCACUGCACUCCCAGGGUGGCAGUUUGCAAGCAACAAUAACAUCUCUGAAAGCUGUGGUGGAAAACCAGGAGCAGGAACUGCAAGCAGCCCGUAGCCUGAAUGACAAGGUGUUUUCUCUGGAGAGCAAGCUGGAGAGAGAGCAGCAGGAAUUCAAAGCAGGUCUUUCUGAAAUGCUCCAGGAAGUCCAGCAACUCGUCAAAGGCCUGAACUCCCUGAAUUGUCAGAUGGCUGCGCUCAAGAGCAAUGACUCUCAAAAUACCUGCUGUCCCACUAACUGGCUGAAGCAUGAAGGCAGCUGCUACUGGGUCUCUGGUACUGGGAAGCCUUGGCCCGAAGCCGAGAGGUACUGCCAGCUGCAGAACGCCCACCUGGUCGUCAUCAACUCCAGAGAGGAGCAGAUUUUUGUCCAGAAGCACAUAGGCUCCUCAUACACCUGGAUGGGCCUCAGUGAUCCUGAAGGAGCCUGGAAAUGGGUGGAUGGAACAGACUAUGAGACCAACUUCAAGAACUGGAAGCCGGGCCAGCCAGACGACUGGCAGGGGCACGGGCUGGGUGGAGGUGAGGACUGUGCCCACUUCCACCCGGAUGGCAAAUGGAAUGACGACGUCUGCCAGAGACUCUACCACUGGAUCUGUGAGGCCAGCAUUAGCAGGUCCAGAUAGGAGUGUCUUAGAGCUGCUUCCUGUGGACCAUCGAGCCAUGGACAUGGCAGGGAUGGGGACGGGAUUGUUCUCCAGACACCCCUGACAAGAUCUCUGUGGGAGAGAAAUAAGCCCCGGGAGAUUGGAGCACUGCCAUCAUUUUGAACUUUUUUCUCCUUAACUUUCAAAGAUUGUAUAGAGUUCCUAAGGUGUUUUUAAAAAUUAAAUUUCAGCUUGAUUGAAGUAUAAUUGACAUAUAAAACUUUAAGUUACUUAAAGUAUA